ACAUUCGAAUCGGCUCAACAGCUGUGUACCCGUUUUAAAAUUCAAAACUGUAGUUUAUAUAACGAUUAUUUAAAUAGUAGAAAUGAGUUUCGAUAAUUUUAGAACUCCGAUGAAGAAUAGGCUUCAUUCUUUAGCCCUUGGCCAGAAUGGUGGCUUUGAAGCAAGCCCUGGCAGAAAAAUCACUGUCCCUGCAUCACCAUCAUUAGAAAGAUUAGGCUAUGGAACAGGAGUUAGUGUAUAUCUGAUGGAAAGGGCUCCUAUUUCUGGGGGUGGUUAUCGCUCUCCAUGGGCAGUUAAAAAAGUGGCAAAGCGAUUCGCCAAUCAAGAACACCAGGAUUUUAGUAAGCGUUUACUGGAAGAGGCAGAUAUCCUCAAGAAACUGGAACAUCCAAAUAUUAUUGGUUUUAGGACACUAACCAAAGCAGUAGAUGGAACCUGGUGUCUGGCAAUGGAAAAAGCAGAGAAUUGCUUGAUGGACCUCAUUGAACAACGUUUGGACAACAGAGCUGGCCCAUUCCCACCACACCAAAUUAAAUGUGUUGGUACUGAUAUUGCCAAUGCCCUAGAUUUCCUACAUACAGAGAAGCUGUUGAUGCAUGGUGAUAUGAAAAGUGGGAACAUACUCAUUUUUGGGGAUUUCAAAGUGGCCAAGCUGUGUGACUUUGGCGUUACCAUGGCACUCAAGGAAGCCAAUGGCCGAGCCAAAUCAGACCAGUUUUAUAUCGGAACUCAGGCGUGGUCUGCUCCAGAAGUCAUCGAUAUGGACGGGAGCUUUGAAAACGAUGAAGGAGCCAUUACCUGCAAAGCCGAUAUAUUUUCUUAUGGUUUGACCAUUUGGGAGAUGCUCAGCCUUUGUGUACCUCAUGCCGAUUUGCUGCAAGACAACGAAGAAGACGAAGAAGACGAUGACAAAUCAUAUGGAUCGGAUUGUCCUGAUCUGGCCUACCAAGAAGCUCUGGGUACUCGACCUCCAUUGCCAGACCUUCCAGAAGAGCCCGACUACAGCACUGCCAUUGCCGUUUUCAUUGCUACCACUGAAUACGAUCCUGAAAAGAGACCACUAGCUUCGGCAGUCAUGAACAUCUGGAAUCUUUCAAAUUAGAUGGCGCCUCAUGUGAAACGAAAAAAAAAAUACCCACUUUUCCAAAUUUCCAAUCUCUUUUCCCGAAAAUGUUUGUUCUUUAUCCGUGUAAGAGUUAUAUGUUGGUCGCGUAAUAAUAGAACCAGCAAUCGAUCUCACAUUCCAUACCUCAGUGAAACACGAGAUUUUAUCAUUCGCCGCACAUCUUUCGAAAGAUCGAACUAUGUCAAAUGUCAAAAUUGGCUCACGGUUGACGUGUGCACGCGUCCGCUCGGGACGUGAUCGACGACGACCGUGCAACGGAAACCUAGCGGAUCGUUAGACCGUGCUGAUCGAAUAUUUUUUAAUUUUCUUUUACUUUAUGUAAGCGUGAUACAUCAACGGCCCCCUGUUUGUGUUCGACUUUUUAAACGACACAACAAAAAAGAUACGCCUGGCGAUGCAUUUUAUGUGUCUGGCAUUAUUGUCUCGUGUUUGUUUUACUGAUCCAUCGCUCUUAUUUGUCAAAAGCAAAAAAAAAAAAAAAUGCAAUGGAGGAGAAAGGAAAGGAAAAGAACAACAACGUUAAUAGAUAUAUGACAGAGUUUGAUAAAGAGAU